CUCCAUCUGAUGCCUGCUGCUAUAUGCGUAUUUAGCACGCAUCCAUUUCCUCCCACGUGUCAUAACAAAUUAACCGCUAGGGUUGGGAUAUUUCCAAACGUAAAAUCCAGGGGCACAAGUUGCAAUCAUGCUAUAUAUUUAUAUGAACAAGUUAUAUAUUGACAGAUUUAUUUCAGGAGAACAGAUUUUUUUUUUUUUUAAACUCUGGUAUUUUGCUGCUGGAGAAAGGAGAGUAGCAGACAUGGCUGCACAGAGGCUGAGACUGUACGUGUUUCUUGUUCUGACAUUAUUAGGGCUGGCUUUGCUGGAGUUUUCUGGGGUCGCAGAGGGGUACAAUCGGCCACCGGCGCGGAAGAAUCUCGACGUGCCGUUGGAUAAUGAUCCUGAAUCCAAUUCUCCAGAACAGGUGCAUAUAUCCCUGGUUGGUGAAGACAAAAUGAGAGUAUCAUGGAUGACAAAGGAUCCUAGUCCAGCAACAGUUGAUUAUGGUACCUCUCCUGGUUCUUAUUCAGAGUCUGCAACUGGAAGCACAAGUUCAUACUCUUAUAUGCUGUACAAAAGUGGAGAAAUCCAUUACGUCGACAUUGGUCCAUUGAAACCCAACUCAGUAUACUACUACCGCUGCGGUCCGAGUCCCGGCCCCGAGUUCAGUUUCAAAACCCCUCCUGCCUCCUUCCCUAUCACAUUUGCAGUGGCAGGUGAUCUUGGACAGACUGAGUGGACUGGAGAAACCUUGCAACACAUAAGCAAAUCACCAUAUGAUGUGCUCCUAUUGCCCGGAGACUUAUCCUAUGCUGAUUUCCUGCAACAAAGAUGGGACUCAUUCGGUAGAUUGGUCCAGCCACUGGCUAGCCAGCGGCCGUGGAUGGUCACGGAAGGCAACCAUGAGGUCGAGAAGAUCCCAGUCUUGCACUCUGAACCCUUCACCGCAUACAAUGCCAGAUGGAGUAUGCCGUAUGAAGAAAGCGGGUCGGAUUCCAACCUCUUCUAUUCCUUCAAUGUGACUGGAGUUCAUGUUAUCAUGCUGGGUUCAUAUACCGACUUUGAUCCUGCUUCGUCACAGUACAAGUGGCUGCAGGCGGAUUUGGCAAAGAUUGACAGGGGAAGAACUCCUUGGGUUGUUGUGAUUAUCCAUGCCCCAUGGUACAACACUAACGAGGCUCAUCAGGGGGAAUCCGAAUCGAUUGACAUGAAGAAAUCCAUGGAAGAAUUGCUCUAUAAUGCUCGUGUCGAUCUUGUUUUUGCGGGACAUGUACAUGCCUAUGAACGUUUUACACGGGUAUACAAAGACAAAGCUGAUGAUUGUGGUCCGGUGCAUAUUACCAUUGGAGAUGGAGGUAACCGCGAAGGCCUUGCCACAAGGUAUGAAGAACCAAAACCGACAAUUUCAACGUUCAGGGAGGCAAGCUUUGGUCAUGGACAAUUGCAGGUAGUUAAUGGAACCCAUGCGCUGUGGACAUGGCAUAGGAAUCAGGACGGUAAUGAGGCAGUCCCAAGUGACAAAAUUUGGCUCACAAGCCUCUUCGCUAAUCCUGCCUGUAAAUAGUAGGAAGGAGAAAACUACAAUUGAUUUAUAUAUACGCUCGUCAUAGUUAUGGAAAAAAUAAUAAUUGAAAUUAAGUAGAUGAUAUAUAUACAUGGCUUCCCAAGUUCCCUGUUGGACGCUGUUGUAGGAUUUAACUUAAUAAAUGCGUGCCAUAACAUUUGUUUCAUAGUUUGCUCAA